CUGUCUCCAGUAGUAUCAGAGAUGUAUCCUUGGUUAAUUAUUAUAUAAUGUAGCACCAUUAUUAGCGUGUCCUGUCUCCAGUAGUAUCAGAGAUGUAUCCUUGGUUAAUUAUUAUAUAAUGUAGCACCAUUAUUAGCAUGUCCUGUCUCCAGUAGUGAAAUAACUUGGGUCGUUACUAUGUUGUAGCACCAUAUUUGGAGCCAGUGGAUAACACUAGUGAUUCACAAAGUAUAUUUGAACAAUUCAGUACGUGAAUUUUGCUGUAAUGCUAUUACUUUUUUACGUAGGAGAGUCGUGCUUAAUUUUCCAACAGUUCAUUUUUAUAGCACUAGUAAACCCUUACUAUUACUCGUUACGAUGAUAAAAGUAAACUACGUCACGAAGAUUGUGCUUUUAAGCCCAACUGGAAUGACAAUAAAAAUAGUACAAGCAACAGUGUUGACAUCUUAAAACACGCUGUUUCUUCACAUUGUAGUUCCUUGAUUAGAGUUUAAGGAGCUGUAUUACUUUUUGUGUCAUUAUCCAAGUUGGCUGUUAAAUCUGAAAACACAGUGUUCUCAUAGCUAUGUAAGUGUUAGUACAUAACAGUUAUGAUCACUGUCAAGGUUGAAUUCGUGGGUAACUGUAGCAGAGAAAAGUUGGCCACUCUGAAGGAUGUUAAAGCUGGUGAUGAGUACAGUGACUGGUACCCCGACUUGCUACACCAGGGUCAGAGAUGUGCCAGUAAACUGAAAAAGGACCGACCAGAAAUGGCUGAGGUGUUGGUUCGACUUGAACGAAGCCGAGAGCAAGUAGUUCAGACAGCUCGAAUCAGAAAGUUAUCUUUGGAAAAGGAAAGUUUGGAGCCGGAGUCAAUGAGGCUAACUCCAAUGCAACUUCAGAUUUUCUACGACAUACGUAAAGAAGUGAGUUUACAGAUACCUGGUGCUGGUGCGUCAGGUUCCGAGCGAAGAAGUUCCGUAGCUAGUACAUCCAGUGGUUCCGAGCGAAGAAGUUCUGUAGCUAGUACCUCGAGUGGCUCAGAGCAAAAAAGCUGUGUAACAGGUACAUCCAGUGGUGGAAGCUCUAGCUCUGAUGCUCCUCCUUCAUACAGCAAGCUCAGUGCACCUAACAAUGUCACCAAUCAUACAUCUGAAGAUACACUCAAAAGUGUGGCUGGCUCUUGUCCUCGAAGUUUGUCGGAGUUAAGUGACCUUGGAGAAUAUCAGGGGUCUGCAACAAGCCAUGAUUUUUCUUCACCUGAAACUCGGAAGACUGACGCUCAAAUCUCCACUUCAUUUUCACUACCAUUAUUAACAGAGUUAGGAAGGAGCCCCUCGGCCCAUGAUAACAAUCUGGUAAGUUCUGGACCCUCCCAGGGCUCACCAGGGACGGCUAGCAAUGAAAACAGUUUGGAUGUAGAAAAGCAAGGGAACGUGAUGUGGUGAACUCUGGGAGGGUACGUCCUACGUGUGGAUUACAUGACAUUAUUAUCAGAUAGUAAGAAGGAAUCGAGAAGUGAAAAUGUACUUAUACAAAAGUUUUCUUGCAUUGAAGUUGUUUGUAAAUGUUGAUAGGACAAAUAUGCAAGAAACUCCAGUAUUGUGCUGUCAUUGAAAAGACAGUUUACUGUUCGGGUGUUUUUUUACAUACUAGCUGCACUGUAAGAUUAGCUUCAACUGCCCAAUCACAAAAUUAGAUGCUGUGAUUUAUAUGUUAUGGUUCAGAGAAGGAAAUCUGUUGUUUUAUUUAUCAUGUAUUAGGAAUGCACGUUAAAUGAAUUUUAACACCAACAUCACUAGCCAGGGAUACCCAGGUACCUAGCAAUCAACAAAAAGUUCAUGCACAUUAACUAUGGUAUAUGAAAAGAAUUGUAAAGUUAGAAAAUGGCCAAAUAUUCUUAUUGAAAUAACUCUCCAGAUCAGGAGUACACAGAUUUCUUGAGGCCUUUCAUAGGUCUCUAUUUAACACACGAGAACAAAGAACUUAAAUGGUUUUGUGAAACGUUGCAAGAAGUAACCCAAUGGAAUCUCAGAUUAUUUCGUUCGUGUCACAGGUUUAGACGGGAAUUCAAAGAUUCCCAAACGUAGUUUUAACCACUAAUUGAUAGUUCAUUAUCUCGCAAAUCUGCAAUUAAAAACUUUUUUUUUUUUAAUUAUAUGGAAUCUUUCUCUCAGCUCGAUAGGUGAAAAUAAUUCAUAAAACCAGGUUUCUGGUAUGGAUGAUGUUUUAGAAACAGCCUAGUAUUACGUGUGGUACCCUGGCUAGCAGUGUCAGUGUUAAAACUCAAAGCACUGCUUAAUAUCAUUUAAGUAUUAAGCAAAAGAGCUUAUUUACAAAAAGACCAUAAUUGUGCCGUUAUUGUCGCUAUAGCUUGUAGUUAUAUUUUGAAAUGUGCCAGAUCAUUGCUAUUGCCAAUCCUUUUAAAAACGUUUGUAAUAUGAUGGAAGUUUACCCCUUGUAAGUAAAUGAAGAUAAUGUUCUUUUAGCAUUAAGAAAUCUUGGAACAGUAGUAAUUUAUGUUGAAUGAAAGUGUCAGAACACGAUAAAGAUAUUUCAUUCCAACAAGCAUGAAAUGCUGGUCUACGUUCUUAUGUUGGGCCCUCCGAAGUGCAAGUCACAAAUUUAAAACAAAGAUGGUGGUAUUGAAUGUUAAAGGGUUAUAAGAACAGUGCCAAAUACAAGUAUUUUAGGUCUGUGUUCGUAUGUAUCUUUUAAGUAGUAGUAAAGAUGGUUUAAAAGGGUGAUUGGGAAGUUAUACUUUUUUUUUGUAAUGCAUUAACUUUACACAUUUAUAUUGCCAAUCCAAAAGCAUGUACUGUACAGAACUUGUUGGAACUUUUAAAAUCUCUCAAAACGAAGUGUCUAAUAUUUUAUGUAUGAGUUUAUUUUUUCAUAUUCAAAGCUGACAGAAAUAAAAUAUUUUAACAACUCUA